AUGUCUCUGCAGAUGGUAACAGUCAGUAAUAACAUAGCCUUAAUUCAGCCAGGCUUCUCACUGAUGAAUUUUGAUGGACAAGUUUUCUUCUUUGGACAAAAAGGCUGGCCCAAAAGAUCCUGCCCCACUGGAGUUUUCCAUCUGGAUGUAAAGCAUAACCAUGUCAAACUGAAGCCUACAAUUUUCUCUAAGGAUUCCUGCUACCUCCCUCCUCUUCGCUACCCAGCCACUUGCACAUUCAAAGGCAGCUUGGAGUCUGAAAAGCAUCAAUACAUCAUCCAUGGAGGGAAAACACCAAACAAUGAGGUUUCAGAUAAGAUUUAUGUCAUGUCUAUUGUUUGCAAGAACAACAAAAAGGUUACUUUUCGCUGCACAGAGAAAGACUUGGUAGGAGAUGUUCCUGAAGCCAGAUAUGGUCAUUCCAUUAAUGUGGUGUACAGCCGAGGGAAAAGUAUGGGUGUUCUCUUUGGAGGACGCUCAUACAUGCCUUCUACCCACAGAACCACAGAAAAAUGGAAUAGUGUAGCUGACUGCCUGCCCCGUGUUUUCCUGGUGGAUUUUGAAUUUGGGUGUGCUACAUCAUACAUUCUUCCAGAACUUCAGGAUGGGCUAUCUUUUCAUGUCUCUAUUGCCAAAAAUGACACCAUCUAUAUUUUAGGAGGACAUUCACUUGCCAAUAAUAUCCGGCCUGCCAACCUGUACAGAAUAAGGGUUGAUCUUCCCCUGGGUAGCCCAGCUGUGAAUUGCACAGUCUUGCCAGGAGGAAUCUCUGUCUCCAGUGCAAUCCUGACUCAAACUAACAAUGAUGAAUUUGUUAUUGUUGGUGGCUAUCAGCUUGAAAAUCAAAAAAGAAUGAUCUGCAACAUCAUCUCUUUAGAGGACAACAAGAUAGAAAUUCGUGAGAUGGAGACCCCAGAUUGGACCCCAGACAUUAAGCACAGCAAGAUAUGGUUUGGAAGCAACAUGGGAAAUGGAACUGUUUUUCUUGGCAUACCAGGAGACAAUAAACAAGUUGUUUCAGAAGGAUUCUAUUUCUAUAUGUUGAAAUGUGCUGAAGAUGAUACUAAUGAAGAGCAGACAACAUUCACAAACAGUCAAACAUCAACAGAAGAUCCAGGGGAUUCCACUCCCUUUGAAGACUCUGAAGAAUUUUGUUUCAGUGCAGAAGCAAAUAGUUUUGAUGGUGAUGAUGAAUUUGACACCUAUAAUGAAGAUGAUGAAGAAGAUGAGUCUGAGACAGGCUACUGGAUUACAUGCUGCCCUACUUGUGAUGUGGAUAUCAACACUUGGGUACCAUUCUAUUCAACUGAGCUCAACAAACCCGCCAUGAUCUACUGCUCUCAUGGGGAUGGGCACUGGGUCCAUGCUCAGUGCAUGGAUCUGGCAGAACGCACACUCAUCCAUCUGUCAGCAGGAAGCAACAAGUAUUACUGCAAUGAGCAUGUGGAGAUAGCAAGAGCUCUACACACUCCCCAAAGAGUCCUACCCUUAAAAAAGCCUCCAAUGAAAUCCCUCCAUAAAAAAGGUUCUGGAAAAAUCUUGACUCCUGCCAAGAAAUCCUUUCUUAGAAGGUUGUUUGAUUAGUUUUGCAAAAGCCUUUCAGAUUCAGGUGUAUGGAAUUUUUGAAUCUAUUUUUAAAAUCAUAACAUUGAUUUUAAAAAUACAUUUUUGUUUAUUUAAAAUGCCUAUGUUUUCUUUUAGUUACAUGAAUUAAGGGCCAGAAAAAAAGUGUUUAUAAUGCAAUGAUAAAUAAAGUCAUUCUAGAACCUAUACAUUUUGAAAAUAUUUUACCCAAAUACUCAAUUUACUAAUUUAUUCUUCACUGAGGAUUUCUGAUCUGAUUUUUUAUUCAACAAACCUUAAACACCCAGAAGCAGUAAUAAUCAUCGAGGUAUGUUUAUAUUUAUUAUAUGAGUAUUGGUAACAAAUAACCUAUAGAGUGGUUAUGACAAAUUUAGCCAAUAAAGAAAUUAACACCCAAAAGAAUUAAAUUGAUUAUUUUGUGCAACAUAACAAUUCGGCAGUUGGCCAAAACUUAAAAGCAAGAUCUACUACAUCCCACAUUAGUGUUCUUUAUAUACCUUCAAGCAACCCCUUGGAUUAUGCCCAUGAACAAGUUAGUUUCUCAUAGCUUUACAGAUGUAGAUAUAAAUAUAUGUAUACAUAUAGAUAGAUAAUGUUCUCCACUGACACGAAAGAAGAAAUAAAUAAUCUACAUCAAGUUUGACGUGUUUUCCUGAAUUAUUUGUAUGCAUUUUCUUUAAGGAUUUCCCCUCCCCAUUAUAUGAUGCAUGAAUGAUGUGCCAAAGUCAGUCAUUUGAACUAAUUAUUUGUGAGAAUUUUCAUGGAAAACUGGAGCCCAUUGCUACUUAGUACUCUGGAAAAAGGAAGUGAGUAAGAAUACAAUAAGAAAUGACCACCAAAUAAAUCUCAUGGAGAAGAAUAAUAUUAUUUCCCAAAAUAAUGUAAGUUUAAAGAAUUUCAUGACAUUUACAGGCAGAAGAUUUAAAUGGAGGAAAAGAAAUGUAUUUGUGUGAGAGAGAGAGUGUGUGUGUGUGUGUAGUUAACAUGUGGAGAUUGCUGCCAGUGAAUAUUAUAAAAUCAGUGAUCUUGCCAAGGUUUAAUUAGACACUCGCUAGGAUGAAACUAGUUAAAAUGACUGUUAAUUUUAAAGGUUCAAGACAUCAGUUGAUAACUAGAUGACCUUAGAAACAAAUGUCUUUCCUCCUGAAAUAUUUUCCGGAAAAAAAAAAUUUCUGGAAAAACCUUAUCUUAAGAGCUUCAGCCACAGUUACAGUGAAGACUCUUACUCUUCACUGAAAGUCUACAGUGUGUAAGGUACAACUAACAAAUUUACGGGAAACAUGAAUUAUGCAAGAGAUGAAACGCUGGAGCACAAGUUCUUCUGCUGAAAGUUCCAUGUCCCCAGAUACUGAAAUUAACUUUGAUAAACUGAAUCAUAUUCACUCUGUUUCAAUAAUAUUGCUCGCUGAAUAUUCCUGUUGAACAAUUGUUGCACAUUGAUUUGAUCUUUUGUUGUUUCCAUCACCUAUAUAAAAAUAAUAAAAUAUAAAAAUCUUCUGUUUAUAUUGAUUUACUCUAAUUAUUAAGAUAUGUUACCUAAAUAACGGCAAAAUUAAACUAAUUUUUUCAAGAUCACUCCACUUUGAUUUUUUUUUCUAUUUAGUAGAAAAUGGCACAAGUUGGAGCAAAAAUAUCCUUUACAGAGUCCAAAAGUGAAAUUUCCCCAAGGAGUAGGUAUAUUCUCUCUUCUUGAUUUGUCUGCAGUGAUUUGGGGGCUAAAGAAUUAUUACCACAUAUUUAUUUUGUAGCCAAUGGGAUCCAGAUAUGGUAAUCUAAGUGAUUCAGUUGUGAACUCAUUGAGUUUCAUAGUCAAACUCAGAUCUCACCAGUAUAGCUGCUUUUGUGGGAGGGUGUGUGUGUGCAUGUGUGUGUGUGUGUGUGUGUUUCAAGAGCAUGCAGAUUGGUUAUACAGAUUAUAUGUUUGAGUACAAUUAAGUCUUUUUUAUGUCAUCUCAGCAAUCAGUUUAUUCGAUGUUACUUUAAGAUAAUGGUCACUGCUUUUCUAAUAAGCUAAUGCAAACAUUCAAAUGAGCCAUGUUAGAAGAGUAGACACCUAUUUCAACAAUAUUGCCUUUGCCUAAAAUGUUUCAGGGACUCACAUUUCAAUCAAUCACCUUCAGAAUCCAUGAUUCAUUCCGCUGAAGAUGUUCAACAGCUGUACCUCUUUCUUCAUUAAAGAUGGAUUUAAUUUCUGGAAACAGAUAAGUGUCAUUUGAAAUCUAGCAGAGUGAGAUUUUCAGUAUUACACUACCACUUUAGGUCAAAAACAAAGUGUGAAUACAAGCUAACAAAAUGGAUUUUCUGAUAUGGCUUGUGAAUGGGUUUUAAAGGAAAGUCUCAAAAUUGUUUGCACAAGACUACAGGAGUAGUAUCAAGAAAUAAGUAUAUGGCUUCCCAGGGUAAUCAUUUUAGGGGACUAUACACAUCUGUAAGUACAGGUGAGUUCAAUGUGUUAGGGGAAAGGGAAAGUGUAAAGAAAAAGAAAUUGUCAUUCCAAAGGCUCUGGGGAGAGAUGAAGCUUGUUACAUUUGAAGAACUGAAAGGUCAGCCUGGUUAAAACACAGUAAACAAGUAGGGGUGGAAUGGCAUGAACCCAGAGAGGCAGGCAGGGGCCAGGGAUCCAAUUUUUCAUUGGUAAAAUAAAAUCAUAUUCUGCUCUGCCCAUAUAGUAAGGGCAGAGCACAUUAUUAUAAACUGAAAAAUAAUGUAUACUCUUGUUAUAUUUGUGUUCAAAAACAUAGUUUCAUUAUUCUCUAUCAUUGUGAAAUAAAUCCAGACACUCUGAGUAAAAAUUAUUUAAGAGGGUAUUUGCCAGAGAUUUUACCAUAAUAAACAUACAUAAUACACAUUCCAACUGACAAAUACAAAAUCUAGAUGACACAUCAUCAAGGACUACAUAAAAAUAUUUUAGGUAGCCUGAAGGGAGGAAGACUAAUGGUCUUGAAUUAUGGUUAAUAAGAG